UACUAUUUUGGGCAGACAGCAUUUGUGAAGCUGGCGGUCAUUAUGCAAAUCAGGAGCCCUCAAAACUGUAUAAAAGGGGGGAGAACCCUCAGCUCGGUCACCAAAGCUACAGUCUUCACCGAAGUGGUAUCUUUUGUCAAAGGCGUAAAACACUCAACCGACCAACAUGUCUGACGAAGAGGAGGAAGCUACUCCCCUGGUCUGCGACAAUGGCUCCGGACUGGUCAAGGCUGGCUUCGCCGGCGACGACGCCCCCAGGGCUGUCUUCCCAUCCAUCGUCGGCCGCCCAAGGCAUCAGGGCGUGAUGGUCGGUAUGGGUCAGAAGGACGCCUACGUGGGUGACGAGGCUCAGAGCAAGAGGGGUAUCCUGACCCUGAAGUACCCAGUCGAGCACGGCAUCGUCACCAACUGGGACGAUAUGGAGAAGGUCUGGCACCACACCUUCUACAACGAGCUGCGUAUCGCCCCCGAGGAGAACCCCUGCCUGCUGACAGAGGCUCCCCUGAACCCCAAGGCCAACAGGGAAAAGAUGACCCAUGUCAGUCAUAUGCUGGGCUACGUCGCCCUGGACUUCGAGCAGGAGAUGUUGACGGCAGCUACCUCCACCUCUCUGGAGAAGAGCUACGAGCUGCCUGAUGGACAGGUCAUCACCAUCGGCAACGAGAGGUUCCGCUGCGCUGAGGCUCUCUUCCAGCCUUCCUUCCUGGGUAUGGAGUCUGCUGGUGUUCAUGAGACUGUCUACAACAGCAUCAUGAAGUGCGACAUCGACGUCCGUAAGGACCUGUACGCCAACAACGUCCUGUCCGGUGGCACCACCAUGUUCCCUGGCAUCGGUGACCGUAUGCAGAAGGAGAUGGUGGCCCUUGCCCCCAGCACCAUGAAGAUCAAGAUCAUCGCUCCCCCAGAGAGGAAGUACUCCUGCUGGAUCGGUGGCUCCAUCUUGGCUUCCCUGUCCACCUUCGCAUCCAUGUGGAUCAAGAAGUCCGAGUACGACGAGGCUGGCCCCGCCAUUGUCCACCGCAAGUGCUUCUAAGCUGGUCGACCUGCGUCCUACCGUCCUGGCUGUCCGUUGUCCAUGUCUUACUGUUUACUGUCUACUUCUGUUGUGUUCUUUCACAAACUCACGGGACCAUGUAAACAAAACACAUUGAUCAGGCAAAUAGCGAGGAUUCAAAGCUCGAGGGUGGCAAAGAGGUGGCGUUCUGUUGUUUGAGAAUGGUUUCUACCUGGAAACCUUCUAUAAAGUUGGAGGAUUGGAAAAUGACUGGUUGCACGUGUUGGACCUUACGUCGGGAGGUCUGCCUUUGUUUUGUUCAACUUGAGUUCGUAAGUCACGUCUCCGUCACUGCCUUGUUUGUAACUGUAUAUUGGUUGUCUAAAAUCCGCAUCAUUGUUGUACACUAACAAUAAGGCUGCUAAAUAACACAAAUGCUGUAGUUCAAGCUCCAAAAUGACCGUUACAUCAAUUUGUUUCGUUUGUGUAUCGUCCUGUGUCUGUAGUCAAUAAAAAUUCUUCUCCCGAA